GGUUGUAGUGUUAUACUUUAAAAAAUAAGUAUCCUUCGGAUAAACCAUUUACGUUUGUAGUUAACGGUGAUAUAUUCCGCUGUCUUACAAUUUAUAUCCGUUAAGGCCAAACUUUUAUAUCGUUCCAUGAUUUUGUCAUCUGUUUCGAACAUUGGAAUUUGCGUCCCCUUCAACCGUGGGUUUCUAACAUUGGUUCUUCUUACUUCAAAAAUUUCAACACAGUGCCCCAUUCUACCGCAGUUUAAAGUUUUCGCCUUCUGCUGUGGUCAGUGUUGCGUUGCUACCCCAUACGAUGAUGAUGUGAAUGAAGUGACAAGGAUGCCCAAAGUGAAGCGAAUUUCAUCACGUGAAUGUUUGUCCAGCGUCGGUUAGCUCGUGGAUUAUGCCACGAGAAUUAUACUUGCACAGAACAGCUGCUAGACCGAUAAUCAGCUCAGGAUGGAGUGUGUUGCCGGUUUUUGGAGUAGUCGCCUGGAGGAGGGAGAACAAGUUCCAUGGUCAGCUACGGCUUUCAUUUCGGCAACAGAACGAGAGGGGCAGAAACAAGGACAAAAUGGAGGAAAUAUAUGCUCUAAAAUGGCGCCUGCUGUGUCUCUACCGCCAACCUUUCCCACGAGGGGCUCCUAUAGACGAUACAUGAAUCAUCUGAUACGAUCAAAUUCUUCUGAAAAACUUAAUGUUAAUCCUUCUAUAAAAUCGGGAAAUAUUCCCGCAAUGGUCAGUAAACAUCCUGAAUUGAGAGACAGUUUUUGUUCUGCAUAUAGUACGAAGCGAAAUAUUGAAACUACAGGUACAACGACCAACGAUGUACGUAACGAUUAUAAUUUAAAUUUAUGCAGCGCAGAUUCGCUCUCCGUGAAACAGCCGGUCACUGCCGUUCCUGGUGGUGAUCAUAAGAACUACAUUGUUAGUAAUAGAUUGUAUAAUUCAAGAACUGGCCACCACAAGUCGCUGGUAUCGUUAUCUCCACGAGUUGCCAGUGGCAUGACGGGACCCGAGUUACAGACAAAUGGUGUCGAAACAGAUGGUGGGGUAGUUGUUGGCUAUAAGGGUGACGCCUCUUUCCGCUCCUCCAGACACCCUUCAACGUCUGGAAGGGGCACGGCACACCAGUCCGAUGCGGAAGUCGGAGAAACAUUGUCCAGAUAUGAAAAAUGUAGCAUGAAGGAGAUUAAUAAGGCAAGGCAGCGAAAGACCGGGGCAAUAGCGGCGGGAGGUCUGAGCUAUUCAGCAGGGGCCAAACCGGAAGUUGUCGAUAGAACAGAACAGACGUCAGCGGUGCUGCGUUUCCCUUGUGUAGAGAAACUGAUUCACAAGUACACGGUCUUGAUUGCUGAACACAAGGAACGCGCUCUGGCAGAGAAACAAGCGGGCAUUCAGAUCAGACCAAAGGAAAAGCAGGGAAAUACAGAAAACCAUUGUUCUCGUCAGCGUCGGGAACUUUCUAGCAGUUCCGCGAAACGGAAAACCGUGGAACUGCAGCAAAAACAUUCAUCGGAACAUGUCGAAAGGGGGCCGAAAGGACAAGGAACUUCAGGGUGCAGUGACCUUAGUGGAGGUUUAGGCGUUUCGGAACAUCUGCAAUACCGCGAAUACGUCAUCGAUUCGACACAACAAAGUGACGGUCACGAAGGGUCUACUGAACAUUUGACAAAACGUCUACAACAAUACCCCAACGAACCCGUAAAUAAUUCCACAGGACAACUGAAAAUAAACGAAUUUAUAAAUAUUACAAAAUUGAACAAAGAAGUGGAUGUUAAGUGUCGUAGUGAACAUCCAAGGAUUAAUUUGCACUGUAGCGACUGCCGUGUGACCAAGAAUCUGGACGAAACAGGAGACAGUUCUGUAGAUUCAGCGGAACAUCUAAAACAAAUGAACGCGUGUGACAGAUCCAUUGUUCACACGAACACCCAUCCCCAAGAAGAAAUAAAGGAAGACUCAGUGUACAUCGCUCAGUCACAACAACGGAACAAUGAUGUUGGAGAAGAAUCUAAUCAGUUGCAACAGGUGUGUCCAGGAAACAACAAAGAGUUGGAACAAACUAACGAUUCACUGACCUCAAUGUUUAUCAAGCCAUCAGUCGACGUCACACGGAACAUUAGCCACGUAGGUGGCACUACAAUAUCUGCCUCAGGAGACGAAGGUCGCCAUAAAUUGAUGUUGCCAAGCUCUUCAAAGCGAUCUGCGAGUCCGGCGUCAGACGAGGGCUGCUCUGUUGUGUCGCCACCCGAGAGCAGCCUGACUCCUUGCAGCAGCGAAGAUGAUAUUGUCAAAAGUUUGGUGGAAAAGUCAAACGCCAGAUGGACAUGGCCACCUGCAAGUAAUGACCACGAUAGUGACUUUCAAGGUCAGGUGAACAGACAUGAGUAUGGAAGAUGCAUCAGCUCAGAUUCUGCAGUAUGUCUGUUGCCGAGUGAUGACGAAAGGAUGCGAAUGAAGGACCCUAGGAUUCAACGAAGAGAAAAGAAUAUUGAUAGAAAAAUUUUAGAUUUUGCCAGUGCCGAAGACUCACCUUGUGAUAAAGCUAUGGUGUUUGAUCCCAACGUGAACAAAGAAUCGGGUAUCGUAUUUGAUUUUGAUAGCUUGAAAUAUAUGUGGAGGUACGAACCUCGGAAAGAUUCUGUCAGUAGACAAAGCAGUGUCGACAGUACAAAUAAUGGUGACUCUUGGUUUGAGGAAAUGCGGAAUCAUACAAAGGAAGCAGUGUUUGAUGAUGUCUCUGAUAGUGACGCAGAGAGGGAGAGAUUUCUCGCCAGCGCCGGAGACUUCUGCUGGGAUAGAAGUUCUGUGGAAACAAAGACAAUUGGUUCUGAUCUGGACGAUUACAGAAAUCGGGUUCCAUCUUUUGCUAAUUAUGGAUACCCCUGUAGAUACAGACCGAGACAAUUUAGGAAGCUGACGAGUAUGAUAAGCUGUGAAAGUGGAGUUGUUGAAGAUGAAGUUAGCAGUAGAAAGAGUAGCACAACUGAAGGCGGUGAGAACCCUGAUGACGACGAAUAUCUCGUCGAACUCAGACGCCAAUCUGCACAAAGUUUCCAAACGGAUGACGACGAAUCGAAUUCGAAUCCACAGUACCGAUAUUGGAGGACUCCCUCAGUUGUAGUGAGCGAUUAUUCAGACGAUGUUCCGUGCUUUACGUCGGUGACACUUGAAGAACUGGACCAGCUGAAAGAUGUGUCUUGCUCGGAAUGCACGAGUGCCGCUAGUUCUGUGAGUGGAAGUGUGAGUGUUGUGGAUACGGAAUACGCUCUCAGGACUCCGGAGAGGAAGGCGUCUGAUUGCAGCACGUGCAGCACUUUGAGUGGAGACGAAGACGUCAGCUGUGACGCGCUCCUGCAGCCCGUGAGGACAACGCAAAAGCCUUCUGGUUGGCGGAAACUACGAAAUAUUGUCCAAUGGACGCCGUUCUUUCAGACGUACAAGAAGCAAAGGUAUCCGUGGGUUCAGCUUGCAGGCCAUCAAGGAAACUUCAAGGCAGGACCUGAACAAGGCACCAUCCUGAAGAAGCUGUGUCCGAAGGAGGAGCUGUGCUUUCAGAUCCUUAUGAAGGAUGUUCUGAGGCCGUACGUACCUGAGUACAAAGGACACGUCAACUGCGAAGACGGAGAUUCCGUGUACCUGCAGCUACAGGACUUGCUAGGGGACUUCACAUCGCCGUGCGUCAUGGACUGCAAGAUUGGUGUCCGGACUUACCUUGAGGAGGAGCUCGCCAAGGCAAAGGAAAAACCAAAACUCAGAAAGGACAUGUACGAGAAGAUGAUUCAGAUUGAUCCGAAUGCACCGACUGAAGAGGAACACAGACUGAAGGGUGUCACAAAACCAAGAUACAUGGUGUGGAGAGAGACGAUUUCAUCGACGGCGACGCUUGGUUUCCGUAUCGAGGGAAUCAAGAAGAGUGACGGAAAAUCCAGCAAGGAUUUUAAGACUACCAAGACAAGGGAACAGAUCAUGCAGGCAUUCCAAGACUUCACCAAUGGUUUCCCACAUGCAGUGCCAAAAUACAUACAGAGGCUAAAAGCUAUAAAAGCGACAUUAGAAGUAUCAGAUUUCUUCACUUCACAUGAAGUUAUUGGCAGUUCUUUGCUGUUUGUCCAUGACAAGACCAAUGCCAAUGUGUGGCUAAUAGAUUUUGCCAAGACACUGGUUUUGCCAAAUGGUAUGUCGAUUUCACACUCGCUGAAGUGGGUGGUUGGGAACCAUGAAGACGGUUACCUGAUAGGACUGAACAAUCUGAUCAGCAUAUUUACUGAGAUGCAUGAAGCAAUUCUGGACCCUACAUCAUCUCCUCUUCCUGCACCCCCUGUGACGACCAUCAUCACUGCGGCCAGUGACGUUUUAGAAGAUGCGAAACUGACGGGUACCGAGAAUACAUGACCAAGUUAACUCUACUUAGUUUUGACUAUGCCAUCUUCUGGUGUAACCAACCCAUAGACAUGUCAGGUGUGAAGCACCAGCUGGUGACUAUGUGGCAAAAAGCACCAUUUUAUAAGUUCGCUUGGUGCCGUGGAAUUGAAGGUAAGAUUCGGUGCAAUCAACGGUGUGAUGCAGGAGAAAAGUGUCGAGAGCAGACUUGACUGUGCUGCGCAAAGUGUUCUCAGAUGCAAUUGCUUAGCUGGGUGGAAAUUAAAAUUCUUAUAGUGGAACGCAAGGUCUUUAAAGUAUCGUAUAGAGAUCAUUUGGAAAUAAAAUCUUGAACAGUAUUGCACCAGUUCCACUUGCAUUAUUUUAAGAUGAAGUCACGUAAGUUUCUUGUUGUCUUAUGUUACGGUUUUGUGUUAAAACUUGAAAUUGUUUAGAAAUUUGCUACCACAAAUAUUCUAUACUUUAUAUCAGGUCUAUGAGUGUUAUAAUAAGGGUUUUGUUUUUAUUCUAAAAUCCUUCGCAUAGUAACUCAUACUUGGCGUUGCUUCAUUUUUGUUCUUGACAGUUCAAACUUUCCACUGCCAAAUCUGGUAAGUUACUGUUUUUAUCUGAACUGUCAAGCAAAUGAGAAGUUGCAUAUGAAUAUUAUGUCACAAUUUUAAUUUUGUGAUUAUUUCAUUUGAUUGUGGUUUUCAAAUUGUGUGGAGGUUACAGGACAUGACUGCGUGGCUUCUGUACGAGACUUGGAGAAAUUUACACGAACGGGUAGCGAAUCAAAAUUUUCUAACAUUUUAAAGCAGGAACGUACUUUCUCCAAGCUGAGAAAUUAUAUUGGAACUGUCAUGCAGCAUUAUACAGGGUAUGGAAAGAAUUUUAUGUUGUUCCUCAAGGCUACGCUGGGUGAUACUGAUUAUAAUAAUUAUUUGAAUGUUUUAAGAGGAGAUGAUGUGAAGAUACUUGUGAUGCUUGAUAGUCUGAGAAUGUUACUUGUUAGUGUUUGAUAAAGUUAUUUCCUUCCAGCAAAUUGAACAGUAUUAGUGACUAGAGUUGGUUUACGCAUCUCGAGAAGUGUAAUUUCGGUCACUACUAAUUUACGAAGAUGAUGUAGACGAACUUGUAUAAUAGAAUAGCAAACAAGAUGUGAAUUCUAGCUGGAAUUCCCUAAAUAUAGCUAUAGAUAGCUGUCUUUUUCAUUACAUCUUUUAAAAUAAAAUUUUUAAUUAUACUCCUGUUUUGUGCGUAAUGCCUUUGUUUCCAGAUAGAGAGACAGGGCGCACAAUAACACCAUGGAUUGUAUGGUAUAAUUACAGUUCCAUAUACAGUACAAAUAAAUAAAUAAAUAAUAAAUGAAUAAAUAGAAAGAACUUGUGCAGUAUUAUAACCACUUUAAAAAUAGAUGAAUUCUGGAUGAUAGAAUUUGGCAUAAAAUGUUUGGAACAUAUUUGAAUCUGUGAAAAGAUUGUCAGUAGAGUUUAUACAUGUUUUAUAUAAUAUCUGAACUGUCUGAAGUAGUUCUAGGUUUUAAUGCCACCUAGAUUUAUAGGUACAUACUAACGUUUUGAAGAAACAGUCUCUAUCUCCAUUAAUCACAAAAUCAAAGUCCGCAUGGCAGCCUCACAGUACAUAAGUUUAAAUGCUGCAUUAAAAUCUGGCAAAGAUGAAAUUUAACUUAUUAAUAUCUGCUUUUCUAUGUGGCUGGUCAAAAUUUUACUUUUUAAUACAAAAUUUGUGAUUUGUUACAAGCAAGAUGGGACUAACUGUCUUCCUUGUUUCGUUUGGUGCAGACGGUAAUUCGUACUGUUAUGCUGUUUAAAAAUGUUUUCUCUGAUCUUUGAUGCCCCUUCAUUCUGCACAGUCAGAUCCUAUUGGAAUUGAGAUUUUGAAGGUUUGCUGUACCAUUAUUCAGAGUUUGGACUAAACUGUGUUAUCUGAAAGGUUCUUAAAUUAUCUAUUUUAAACUGUGAGACAAUCAAGAAUGCCUAGCUAGUUCCAUUAAAAUUAAAUCCGUGGCGUAACAGCUCCAGAGAGCCAAAGCCGAUUAGCUUGACUGCUGGCCUCACGUUCACAUGCCUAAGCAGAGGUGGACGAACAUCCAACCAGAUAUAGGGUGACGUGUGGUCAGCACGACGAACCCCCAGCCAUUGCUACAAGUUUAUUUUGACUAAAAUAGCAGUGUAAUGGUAUUUUGUGUAGAUGAACGUGCAGCAUAAUUCUUAAAUGGUAUAUAGCAUUUGAGGUUUUCAAGGCGGUGAGUCUGUCGAUUGCUGUCUUCUGGGUUGUUGCACCUCUUAGUCUGGUAGAAGUUUACCGAUGUUUCGGAGGUCCUUGCUGUCUCCAUCAUCAGGGCCCUGCUCCUUUCCAUUAUCUAGGCAAAUGAUAGAGUAAUGCCUCGAAAAAAAUUAGUCAUUACCCUGAUGAUGGAGGCAGCAAGAACCUCUGAGACAUCAGUAAACUUCUACCAGACUACAACCCAGAAGACAUCCAUCUUCUUAAAUGGUGUUUGUUGUUUCUUUUGUCCUCAAUCUGUAAAGUGUGAUUACCCACUUGAAUUACAGACCAAACACAAAGUAACUUAAAGACUUUUAAACCACAUCAAAAUUUGAUGAUGUUAUGUACAGUCACAUAUGUGGCAGUGUAAUAUAACCAGGUUGGCUGCUAUACUUGCUUAUAAAUCCAUGUUUAAGCUGGUGGAAUUCUAGGCAAUAGAAGGGAACUAGAAGCUCAGUGUGGGUUUUGAACUGUGAUGGAUUUUUGUAUUGCUCAUGCAAGUAUUUGCAGAAAAGUCCAUACAAGAUACAACUGGUCUCAAAUCUGAGAAAUUUUGCUAGGAAUAUCACUUGAUAUUCAUAAGUUGCACAGAAUACUGGAGAAAGUAUUCAGCAUAUAAAAUUUAUUACAUUUUUUGUGUCAUAAAAUUAUUCUUACUUAUUGGGAAAAAUAAAAAAAAUUAGAAC